UCUUGUCAUUGAGAAGCAAGAUGGCGUCAGCAUCAGAACAUCAGGGUGCUCCAGACAGCGAACUGGACGAAUUAUUAGACAGUGCUCUUGAUGAUUUUGAAAAGACCAGUGUGCCUCCUACAGCCCCUGAGGCCCCCACUGCCCCUGGUGCAGGAAUGGCAAGUGAUGAGAAGCCUCCUCUGCUGGAGGACAGUAAGUUUUUCGAGUCUCUCUUUGAUGGUGAGAUGGCCAAUCAAGCACGUGAGGAGUGGGAGAAAGCCAUGGCUGAGUUAGCGCAAGAAGAACCUGAGCUUCUACAGCAUUUUCAUAAGCUGUCUGAGGCAGCAGGUAAAGUAGGCACAGAUGUAGCUUCACAACAAGAGUUCACCUCCUGUCUUAAAGAAACCCUUAGUGGUUUGGCGAAAAAUGCAGACAACCUGCAGAAUGCAGGACUGGCUGGAGAUGAUUUGGUAAAGACCUUGGAGAACCUGGGACUGAAUGAAAAUGGAGAGGGAGGAGAAGAUGGCAAUAUUCUCCCAAUUAUGCAGUCUAUCAUGCAGAACCUUUUAUCCAAAGAAGUUCUAUACCCUUCUCUUAAAGAGAUAACGGAGAAGUACCCUGAAUGGUUGGAGAGCAACAAGCAGUCCCUUCCCACAGACCAGUUCACGCGGUAUGAGCAACAGUACAAAAUAAUGGGAGAAAUAUGCACCCAAUUUGAGAAAGAUGGAGACAAAGACAGCACCUUUGAAAACAUUCUGGAACUCAUGCAGAAGCUGCAAGACUUGGGUCAACCUCCAAAAGAGCUUGCUGGAGAGGCACCUCCUGGCUUGAAUUUUGACCCAGAAUCUCUGCACCUUUCUGGAGCGCAAGGAGUCCCAGGACCAGAGCAGUGCUCAAUCAUGUGAUCUCAAUGAGGUCAAGUUAAUGUAUGUUUGAAAACAAAACAAUUUAGAGCUAAUUAUCUGAACCUGAGUUGGACACAGUUGAUCAUGCUCCCCUUUUAAAGGAGUUUGCUCCUGUGUCUGCACUGAAACUGUGAACGUUCACUACAUUAAUUUUACUCCGUAGUUCUUGUCCACAGAGGUUCUUUUCAUAUUCACCCCUAAUCCGUUCACUGUCCUCACUGCAGAGCAGCUCUUAGUGUGAGUGAAGCUUGAUAUCUCAGUGUGCUUGGUGAAAAUCAAACUUUUGAAUUUUGUAAAGGUUUUACACUUUCGCUUCAAGCACAUUUGACAGGUAAUUGUGGUGGAUUGUGUUCUGAAUAAGUAGAGACAAAUAAGCGGAGCUCAGAUGGACAGGAAAGGUAUUUACGGUUUAAUUGGUUUACUUUUAAUUUUAGAUCUCAGAAGAAUGGUCAGGGUCUACAAAUAGCUUCCAUCAGAUUGAUGUAUUUUAAUACACAGUGUAAUGUCCAUUUAUACUCACACUAUAUCUCAUAUACUAUUUAUGUGAUUUCACAACUAAUCAGUGACCAAAAUGGAUCUCUUAGAUUCAGUCAUUUCAAAAACAAACUGCAGACACUUCAGAUGCAGGAUUAUUAUAUAUUCAUAACAUCAUUCUUUGACCCAUAGACUGCAUUUGAAAUUGAGUAGAAUAAUUCUCUCUCCCUUUAUCUUCUAAUAGUUACUGUAUGGAUCUGCAUUUUGGAGCAGUGUUGCCAUGUCAAUUUAAAUAAUUCCCAUCAUUCCUAUGGUGGUUCCUCUGUGUGAUGUGCUAUUGUCACAAUAUUCCUGAUUUGCUUUGAAUAUUGAAAAAAUAAAGGAAUGUUGUUUCGUUGUUUAAAAUUAAUACUCUGUAUUAACAUUUAAAGAACAUCAUGUUAAAUCCGAGGAUACUUCAAAAGUGGGUUAAAGUUUGCAGUCAUUGCUUUUGAGGAAAUGUUUACUUGGUUCUUUUAUGCAAACAGGUUUAAAUGCAUAGAGAUUGUAUACUUUCACAGGAUCAGCUGUGGAAUUGGUUAUAAGUUUGCUUUCUUGACACAUGCCAUUGGCUAUAUGUUAGUGUGGUAUUAUGUGGCCAAUUUAAAGAUUAUGAGAAAGACAGAAUGGGCGUGCAGAUAAGCUGGACAAAAAUAUGUAACGGUUACAACACUCAGGGGUUGCUCAAACACCCAAGCACUUAAAUCAGCUCAUCAAUAUUAUUUAUCCUGUUAACCGUUCCCUUAGAUGUACAGUUCAUUGGUCUUGUCAUACCUCACCUAUAUGAAAGAACUGCAAUUCUCAAAAAUCUAAAUAAAUGUUACAAAACUUA